AUGAAUGAGGCACAACCAGCAUCACCAGGAAACAAUGAAGAAGCUGCCACAACUCAUCACAAGCUGAGGAACAAGCUCAGCAGUGACAACAAGUUACAAGUCUUGUUAUUCCUUCUCAACAGAGCAAAAGAAGGUAAGUUGCAAUAUGGCAGUAUGAAAUUAGCUGCAAUUCAGUUUAAUGUUGCAACAAAAACUGUUAGUCGCAUAUGGAAUACAGCAGAACAUUUUACAGAAACCAUGUUAAGGUGGAGUGUUGAGGGAAAAUUGCAUUUAUGUGGUAGGAAGAGGAUACAAAUCCAGUCAAGUGACAUAACAAAACUAUCAAUGGGGCAAAGAUCUUGCAUAAGAGAUCUCGCCACAUUGAUUGGUGUUUCAAAGAGCAAAAUCCAUAGAAUGGUUCAAAGGGGACUAAUUAGGCCACACACAAACCCAUUGCACCCUGGGUUGAAGGAAGCCAACAAAUUAACCAGGUUAGAAUGGAUCUUGAAGUUACUAAUGGGAGAUAAUCUUCUUACAAAGAGAAAAUAUUUCCCAAUGUAUGACUUUGUGCACUUGGAUGAGAAAUGGUUUUACUUGAGUAACAAAUCUCAAAGAGUGUAUUUAGCCAAAAAUGAAGAGAGUCAGUACAGAGCAGCCAGCAGCAGUAAGUUCAUACCCAAGGUAAUGUUCACAGCAGUGGUGGGGAGGCCAAGAUACAAUGAAGAAGACCAGUGCACUUUUGAUGGGAAAAUUGGCAUUUUCCCAUUCACUUACCAAGAGACAGCAAAGAGAUCAUCAAAAAACAGAGCAAGGGGAACUAUGGACACCAAGGUGGUGGAAUCAGUGAACCAGAGGGUCACUAGAACCAUGCUUAUUGAACAAAUCGUACCAGAUAUCAUAGCAAAAUGGCCACAGUAUGAUGGGGGGCCAAAAACAAUAUACAUCCAACAGGACAAUGCCAAAGCUCACAUAUCACAAGAAGAUCCACAAUGGCAAACAGUAUGUGAACAAGAUGGGUUCACUAUCAUUUUAAUCCAACAACCACCCAACAGUCCAGACUUGAACAUCCUAGACCUUGGAUUUUUCAGAUCCAUUCAAUCACUCAUGCACAAAAAGAUACCAAAGUCUAUUGACAGUUUGUUAGAGGCUGUCAACCAAGCUUAUAAUGAGCUAGACCAUACCACAUUAAGUAAUGUUUGGUUAUCUCUUCAAUAUGUUAUGAAUGAGAUAUUGAAAGUUGGUGGGGGGAACAAUUAUAAUGUUCCUCAUGUAAACAAGAAAAAACUGGAGAAAAAUGGCAUUUUAGAAGAACAAGUAACUACACCAAUGUGGGCAGUUGCUGAUGCAUGGGAAAGGGUGGUUAAUGGGGCUUCAAGCUCCAAUGCACAAGGAGAGUAG